UUCCGCGGACUCCACCGGAAGCACUGUUGCCCGUCUGCGAUGAUAGCUGAAGUGGUGUUUUUCUCCAGUGUAAUAAUCAGAGAGUGUGUUUAUUAAAGAUGAGCUGCUCGCUGCAGACGCAGGUCUGCUCCAUCCUGGAGGUGCUGCUGAAGGCGGCGGCGGCGCAAAUCGGGCAGCUGCUGCAGGAGGACGCGGCCGCGGUGCAGAUGGAGAUCCGCCGCAGGAACGAGGAAAUCCGCAGCCUGAAGAGCCGCCUGUGGAGCUGCGAGAGCCGGCUGGAGAAACUGACCGCUGCCCGCUGCUCUGUCGGCGUACAGGUGCACAUCACCGACCCCGGUGUGACGGCUCACGAUCAGGAGACGCUCAUGUUGACCAGUCCAAUGAUGAACGUCGUUUCAGAGGAGAAACCUCUUAUUCCUCGUGCACCUGAGCUCCAAUUACAGCCUCUUAAACGAGAAGAUCCAGCGAGUCGAGCAGCUCCACAUGCAGAAGAGGAAGAAGAAGAAGAGGAAGAGCUCAGCGGUCUGGAGCUCCAGAUGAAGAUAGAGCAGGUGGAGGAGUUUGUAGACCGGAAACUCAGCAUUCAUGAUGGAAACUCUCAGAUUUGGAGCUCGCAGAAAGAUUUCCAGCAUCAUCAGAGUCUAGCGGAGCCUGAAUCACAUGCACAGAGCUUUCCAGAUGCACAUGCUAUGAUGAUGGAGGAUUCUGGGGCUUUAUCUGCUUUAGUUCAGGAGAACGACAGGAAUAAUGACUGUGAUUUUAAUCUCCUACAGUCUCACGGACACAGCAGCGUAUCGGACGCAUUCUCACUCUCAGCAUCACAUCCGCCUAAAACACACACACAGAGUCUGCAGCAAGGUGUGACGGCUCACGAUCAGGAGACGCUCAUGUUGACCAGUCCAAUGAUGAACGUCGUUUCAGAGGAGAAACCUCUUAAUCCUCGUGCACCUGAGCUCCAAUUACAGCCUCUUAAACGAGAAGAUCCUGCGAGUCGAGCAGCUCCACAUGCAGAAGAGGAAGAAGAAGAGGAAGAGCUCAGCGGUCUGGAGCUCCAGAUGAAGAUCGAGCAGGUGGAGGAGUUUGUAGACCGGAAACUCAGCAUUCACGAUGGAAACUUUUAUUUUUGGAGUCCGCAGAAAGAGCUUGGGCAUCAUCAGAGUCUAGCGGAGCCUGAAUCACAUGCACAGAGCUUUCCAGAUGCACAUGUUAUGAUGAUGGAGGAUUCUGGAGCUUCAUCUGCUUUAGUUCAGGAGAACGACAGGAAUAAUGACUGUGAUUUUAAUCUCCUACAGUCUCACGGACACAGCAGCGUAUCGGACGCAUUGUCACUCUUAGCAUCACAUCCGCCUAAAACACACACACAGAGUCUGCAGCAAGGUGUGACGGCUCACGAUCAGGAGACGCUCAUGUUGACCAGUCCAAUGAUGAACGUCGUUUCAGAGGAGAAACCUCUUAUUCCUCAUGCACCUGAGCUCCAAUUACAGCCUCUUAAACGAGAAGAUCCUGCGAGUCGAGCAGCUCCACAUGCAGAAGAGGAAGAAGAAGAAGAGCUCAGCGGUCUGGAGCUCCAGAUGAAGAUCGAGCAGGUGGAGGAGUUUGUAGACCGGAAACUCAGCAUUCAUGAUGGAAACUCUCAGAUUUGGAGCUCGCAGAAAGAUUUCCAGCAUCAUCAGAGUCUAGCGGAGCCUGAAUCACAUGCACAGAGCUUUCCAGAUGCACAUGCUAUGAUGAUGGAGGAUUCUGGGGCUUUAUCUGCUUCAGUUCAGGAGAACGACAGGAAUAAUGACUGUGAUUUUAAUCUCCUACAGUCUCACGAACACAGCAGCGUAUCGGACACAUUCUCACUCUCAGCAUCACAUCCGCCUAAAACACACACACAGAGUCUGCAGCAAGGAGAGGAUCAGCGGCUCCCGACAAGCCUCAAACCGUUCCGCUGUGAGGAGUGUGGGAAGAGCUUCAUGCAGCGCACAAAACUGAUCACACACGGACGCGUGCACACCGGAGAAAAGCCCUUCCGCUGCCGGUUCUGCGGGAAGAUGUUCUCCAGGCAGGACAACUGUCUGCGGCACAUGCGCUUGCAUGGCAGACAGAGCUCGCAGGCACGUAACACUGGACUGAGGGGUGCUGCACAAAACAAAGGGAUUAAGGCCUUUUCACACCAAGGAAGAUAACAAUAAAUAUAAGGCAAAAAAAUCUUAAAAUUCUAAUAUCAAGAAACAUUUUCUAGACAAAAUAGUCUUAUUUUCAGAAAUAUUAAGUGAGUUUUUCCUUAAAUUACACAUGAAAUCAAAACUAAGCAUAUUGAUGUUGUGAGCUCACAUUGCUAGUUUCCUGGUGAAGAAUUCAUCUGUGCAUGUCAUUGAGAAAAAAACAAAUAUUGCACCGUUCUAAUCUAUAAUUGAAAUAUAAAAACGCACUUCCUGUUUGUUUUCAGGUAAAUUUUCAGAUUAGGUCUCUCUGAGGCAUUGGGCGUGGCUAACAUGCUUAACCACGCCCCCUCCAUCUAUGUUUAGGUUAUGCUUUUCAUUCCAGCAGGUGUCCUCUGUGUGUGACUAGCACAAUUUAAGUCAAUCCAGCUCGUUAUUAAAAUUGUAUUCAUUUACUCAUGACAAACGAUCUAUUCAAACAGUGAAUGUCGUGAUUUCAGUCAGCGUAGUAGAAAAUGAACUAAUUAUUUUUGCAUUUUCAUCAACACCAAAACUAGCACUGGAUACCUGAGGCGCUUGUAUUGUUAUACUUCAGUUAGCGAGCCCCUUUUUUAAUCAUUAUCUGUUUUUCACUAUCUAUUAUUUAUCAUUAUGUGCCAAUUGUUUCUCGCCAUUAUCUUUAAACAAUCUUUUAAAAGAGCUUCUCCAAAAAUGUCGCCUUAAAUUGUGUGAGCUCUUUACAUCUCAGUGAUUCUGAUUGGCUGUCAGGGUUUGAUCAGCUGUUGUUGUGGUGUAAACUUCUUUAACACUGUGAGUGAUUUUUAAAAAUACAUCUUUGUUUAUGUUACGAUGUGUUUAUAGUUAUCGUGAUUGGUGUGAACGGGCUUUUAAGCUAGGUUUUUAAAGCUAUCCUGGAUUAAUUUAACUAUUACUCAGUUGCACGAAUGCAGGCUAAAUUCAGUCACUUUGGGUAUUUAUUUGCAGCUAGCAUCCAGAGCAGGCUCAAUUUCUGGUGAUUUAUUUGUUAUUUUUGCUGUUAAUGCUACUAGAAAUUAAUGUGUUUUACAAUCCCGCUAUGUUCAUGAUUAAAAUGCAGUGGUUCCCUAUAAUGUUGAAUGGAAAGAGCACAGACAGAGCCUUAUUUACUUAUAUGAAGAGAUUUCUUUUGUGCAACUUUUAAAUUGGGGCUUGUUUUAAAAAUGUAAUUUAGAUUUGUUUUAUUUUAAUCUCACAAAGACAUGAGCAGCAAUGGCUUAAUAAAAGGACGCCUAUUCAUUUACUGUA